UCAGGCAGCAAACAAGCUAAGCUCGCAACAGGGGCUGCUGAUUUAUUUAGAGUAUUACAAAGUGCAGGUUCGUUCGGCUGGGGUUGCCUUGCAGUGGUUUGGCAGAGUUCGGACUUGCGGUCGGGCUUGCUGCAGUCGGCGACGGCAGAAGCCAGUCGGUUGGCCUCCCGUAGUAGGCAGUGAUGGAGAAGACUGAGUACAUCGAUGUCCCUGAGUGGGUGAUAAUCCACGAGCUCUACGAAGGCGAGAACUCGCAUGAAGCAUUUGAACUGGACUUUGACCGUGCCCUCGAAGCAGGCCCAGCGUCCAUCAUUGUGGAGCCCCGGCGGCUAGGGGAGGAAACGGCGCGCUGGAUUGCACUUGGAAACUGCCUUCAUCAGACAUCCCUCCUGUCUGGAAUUGGAUCACUAGCAACAACACUUCUCCUGUGCCCACCAUCACCUACGCCAUCUUCUGCUCACACCCUGUUUGUGAUUGGCACCCCAUUGGCCGGCGUCAGCGCCUUCUGUGCUGCCGUCUACUCGCUCUCGUGGGCAACCGACCCCUGCAUCCACUACCAGGUCGAGAAAGAUCGGGCUGUCCUCGAUCGGCUACCGCUGAGGGAACUGGCCAAUCCACAGCCGCUUGUGCUGGUGCGCAGGGACGAGCGAAAAAAGCGAGCGGCACACCUCGUCACAACAGGCCUGGCUGUCGGUGUGGUGUUGUGGAGGCUAUACCAAGUGUGGCGCAAUGGGGACUCUGGAGCCCUGCCAGCAUACAGCUAGGGCUCAUCAUAUAGGCACAGGCAACACCAUUUAAAUACAAAGUAUCUAGACAUCAACAAACAAGUAUGUGGAGGUGGCAACGGUGAUAGUGGUGAACUCCAGCUGCUUUAGGCUGCUGAUUGCUAACGAGGACAAACAAGCUUUGCCCUUGCACAUAAUGAGCAGGAAGCUGUGGCCUUGUUGACCAUUUUGUUUCGAUAGCUAAAAAUAUUUGAUUAUCUUUCUUGAUUGAUAUUUGUGUGUAAGAAGUGCAAAGAAACUUGUUCAUGUGCAGAGGAUCAUAUGAAAUCUAGUUUGCCUCGCAUAUGUAAAAUAUUCUUGAAAAAUGGAUGCAAAUAUAAAAGACGAGUGCCUUGUUUAAAAUGCUGUGUGAAGAUCUGUGCCCAAGCUGCAACUGCGAGUUUGGUCGUUUUGGUGUGCCCACAGUGACUGGGCACCCAAGGUGAUGGACAAACUGAAGCAGCUUUUGUGCAAUUAAUGCAAUGUCUGCAAGCUUUAUUUGAAGGCUGCAUAAUAUGGUUAUGCUUAGAAAAAGGAGGAACUAAUUGCCUCUUAUAACGCGUUCAAAACAAUUACUCGUACUUAUACAAAGGAGAGAAAGGAAUGAGUUUCGGUUGUUUCUUGGAAUUACAUUUUUUUUUAUCUUUUGCUUUAGUCUAAAGGCAGCUGUGGAAAAGAAAAAUGGUACUUAUUGUAUCUUGUUGAGAAAUAUUUUGGAAAGCAGAUAGCUUGCCCAUAUGCAUUAAACAAUGUUCUCAUUAAACAUUCACCAUGCCUCCAUGUAAA